CUCAUCCACUCAUGAAUGACAGAGGACACCCUGGAUUCAGACAUCUGUCAAUGGUUCCAUGAUUUGAUCCAGAAUGAUGUGCCUAAAGCUGCCGUACUGUUCGAUACCCUCACCGAGCAGGUGGCUGCAAUGACGUGUCAUGUACAAGAGCUGCUGUCUAAAGUCAAAGAUGGUAAAUUUAACACAUCGAAGGGUUUGUCGUUUUUGGAUCUUCGCUAUCACCUGCUGAUCUUCUACCUUCAAGAUCUCACUCACCUAAUCAGCAUCAAGACUGAAGGUGGCAAAAUAAAGGAAAGUAACGCCUUAAACCGACUGGUCACUGUCAGGACGGUCCUGGAAAAGAUGCGACCUCUCGACCACAAACUGAAAUACCAGAUUGAUAAACUGGUGCGCACAGCUGUGACUGGCAGUAUGGCUGAAAACGACCCACUACAGUUUCGUCCUAAUCCGGAGAAUCUCAUGAGCAAACUGAGUGAAUCGGAGUCUGAAACCGAAGGGGAGAACAAGGACUCCGGGAAAAAAGCAGCGAAGCCCACUCACAAGAAAUAUGUGCCACCGAAAAUCUCUGCAGUUCAUUAUGGUGGCGACAUGACAGAAGCAGACCGGCAGAAAGCUCAGGCGGAGCGUCAGCGCCGUGCAGCACUCCGGAGUUCUGUCAUUCAGGAGUUGAGGCAGCAGUACAGCGACGCUCCCGAGGAGAUACGGGAAAGACGUGACUUCCAGAGUGAGCGGGAAAGCCGUGAGGAGCUGCAGAGGAAAAGCUAUGAAGAGUCCAUGAUGGUUCGUCUCAAUGUUACCAAGCGAGAGAAAAACUCUAUGAAGAGGGGAAUGAUGUCCAUGUCUGGUCAGCUGAGCGGCAUCACUCGCUUUGGUGACAUCACGGCGCUGACCGGCGGCGAAGGCGGACAGGACUUAGAUAACCUUCGACCCAAGAAAAAGAAGAUGAUCAUGAAGAAGUCAACUAAAAGAAAAGGGUCGCUGGAGUAGGCCUUCCGCAUUUGGGCGGAAGGCGGGAUACACCCUGGACAAGUCGCCACCUCAUCACAGGGCCAAUACAGAUAGACAGACAACAUUCACACACUCGGGCCAAUUUAGUGUUGCCAAUCAACCUAUUCCCAGGUGCAUGUUUUUGGAGGUGGGAGGAAGCCGGAGUACCCGGAGGGAACCCACGCAGUCACGGGGAAAACAUCCAAACUCCACACAGAACGAUCCCGAGCCUGAGAUUGAACUCAGGACUACUCAGGACCUUCGUAUUGUGAGGCACAUGCACUAACCCCUGUUCCACGUGCUGCCUAUUUAAAGCCAUGUCGAAGCUAAAAUUACAAAGUUUUUAACAGUCUUAUUUUAAUGGUUUAUUAUGCUAAACUUCAGCAUAGUAAUUUUAACAAAUGUUUUGUGUUGCUCAACGCCUUUCAAAGCUCCUGUACCACACUAAUUUUUGACCUUGAUGUGCUUGGCAUUUGCACCACAUUUUUCUCAUGUUCAAAUGUCUAACAUAAUAGUUUUCCAUAACUCCGCUUUACCAUUAUUACUAGACAAACUGCAGUAUAUCAUUUUGUUAGGACAACUGUGAUUGUAGGAAAAUCAGACAUCUCCGAAGGGUCCACCACCACCGUUACCUUGAGCAAUGCCGGUGUCAAAGAUCCUCUAUUAAAGUGUGCUGCUGUUAAAAAUGCUCUAUAGCAGUGGUUCUCUACUAUGAAAACAGGUAUUUUUAUUCAAGUAGGAUACUUAAGCAUACUAAAUAAUGUUGCACAUUGAAUAUGCUUAAACAAAUUGUUAAGUGCUUAAUUUGAAAAAAUGGAUACUUAACUUGCAUGCUAUCUGGGACUGACAAAGCAAAUGGUGUUCUCU